AUGUCUGGGGAGACAAAGAAAGCGCACCAGAGUCAUGGGAGCUGUGCCGGGGUGCUGCUGGGUGCUGUCACUGCAGAGAUGACCACAACACAGCACUCCCAUCCCAGGCUCGCUCACAUCUGGACACUGGGGAGAUUUGCUUUCCCGGGCAAGUGCACGAGUGGAUGUUCCCGGGCGGCAGAGAACUGCCAGUCGCACAGCUCCUUAAAGGGGUCCGAGGGCGGCACGUGUCACACGGAGUGCCAGCAGGGCCUGACUCGUAUAUUUCUGAAGAAUGAGAAAUCGUUUACAAUCAUCUACGGCCAUUGUAAGAAAACUGAAAAAAAAAAAAGCCAGCUAAGGAAAUUUCUUUUAAUGAUCUUUCUUCCUUGCCUCCCCCCACUUCUCCUCCACCUACUCCUGUGCCUACCCAGAACUGUGUGUUCCUGUCCCUGGUCCCCAGAGCCUCCCCCAACAGGGGAGGAACAAGGAGGGAGGGGUGAUGCACAGUCAUUGCAAUAA